UUAAGAAAGCUAGCUGGCUACUUGUAUUGUUCCUCCCAACCUCCUUUCCCCUCCCAAUCUCAUGUAAACUGAUGCAUAUGCCUACUCUACACAGCACAGUGCCUUUGCUGAAAAUAUCACAAACCACAUACACCAAGCAAGGCAACAACCUUCACAGCUAGAUCCCAUUUCUUCCCUAUCUUUGAUCAUCACCAAUCCUAUCACAAGAACAAAUAGCACUCGAUCGAUCUCUAGCAGCCAAUCAUCUUCUACCCUAUGGAGUAUACCACAAAACAUAUGCACUAGUAGCUAGUUCAACAAAUAUCUAUCCCCAUAUAAUAUCGAGCGCGCUAAUAUAACCCUAAACCCCUCCUUCUAAGAAUAGUAGGAUAUAAUACUGUUAGUCUGUUACAUACCACCAGAUCGCUCCCUGAAGUGGCAUACUAGUCAAAGUCAACAGCUACAGCAGCCGGAGCUAGCUCGAGAGGCUAGGAGACCCAUGGAGUUCACGCCCUUGCACGGAGGGGUCGAGGAUUCUGAGAGGGCUCGCGGCGGUGGUGGUGGUGCGGCGUGGGUGGAGAAGGAGCACAUGUUCGAGAAAGUGGUGACUCCGAGCGACGUGGGGAAGCUGAACCGCCUGGUCAUCCCCAAGCAGCACGCGGAGCGCUACUUCCCCGCACUGGACGCGGCGGCGGGCGGCGGAAAGGGGCUGGUGCUUAGCUUCGAGGACCGGGCGGGGAAGGCGUGGCGGUUCCGGUACUCGUACUGGAAUAGCAGCCAGAGCUACGUGAUGACCAAGGGCUGGAGCCGUUUCGUCAACGAGAAGCGACUCGGCGCCGGGGACACUGUCUCGUUCGGCCGGGGCGUUGGCGAGGUCGCGCGCGGCCGCUUCUUCAUCGACUUCCGCCGGCGCCGCCAGGACGUCGCGUUCCUGCAGCCGCCGCUGGCGUCGGCACAGCGCCUGCCGAUCCCGUCCGUGCCCAUCUGCCCGUGGCAGGACUACAGCACCUACGGCGCCACCGCUCCGGCGCCCAGCAGCCGGCACGUGCUGUUCCUGCGGCCGCAGGUGCCGGCCGCCGUGGUGCUCACGUCGGUGCCUGUGCGCAUCGCGGCGCCCGCGGUGGAGGCGACAAGGUCAAAGCGGGUCCGCCUAUUCGGGGUGAACCUCGACUGCCCCCCAGACGGCGAAAACGGCGCCAGAAGCGCCAGGACAGCGUCGACGCUCCUGCAGCUGCCAUCGCCGCCGUCGUCAACAUCCUCCUCGACGGCAGGGAAGGAUAUGUGCUCUUUGGAUCUUGGACUGUGAAGGCAACCAACAGAAAAAAGGGAGAAAUUGAGACUAGCACUAAGCUACUCACGCGAACUGAUCAAGAUCAG